AUGAUAACUGACCUCUGUCGUUUGGCUCUCUUGCUCCUCUCAGAGCCGUGUCCGCCUGUGAGCGUUUCUGCUGAGGUGCUCUGUGAGAGCGAGGAGGUAAAGAUCUCCUGGCUCCAGGCGAGUGCUGCUGAGAAUUUCUUAGUUACAGUGAGAGGGAGCCUUGGAUACGUGAAGACCUUCAACACAACCAAAACCCUUCUGAAUGUCUCUUUGCCAUGUGGACAGGAUUUUAACGUCACAGUUCAAGAACAGGGCAGCACAUGUCACAGCAUCCCCAGCAGUCCUGCCCUCUUUAAAACAGUUCCAUGUAUACCCAGGGAUGUAGCAACCAAUGUAGAGUGUGAGUUUAAUGUGGGCUCUGUCAGCUGGCGGCCAGCUGACAGUGCUCAAACAUACAUUGCUGUAGCCACCGGCCUCGAUGGCCACACUCACCACUGCAUAAGCAAUACCACCUCCUGCACCUGGAAUGACCUGCACUGUGGGGAUGAGUACACGGUUGUAGUGAGAGCAAAGAGGCACAACUGCACCAGUCUGCCGAGCAACAGCUCAGUCAUCCAUAUGGACCCCUGUGCUCCCUGGAAUCUGUCUGCUGCUGUGAACUGUGAUAUGAAAGUGGUUUCUCUGAGGUGGGAUGGCAGCAAUGGGGCAAAGUUGUACAUGGUUGCAGCUGAGGCAGGACACCAUUCAGUCGGCCUCAACACUAACGUCACCACAGCCAGGUUCUCUGAAUUUAACUGCGGACAAAACUACAGUAUAAAAGUCACACCUCACAGCCAGCACUGUCCUGGAAACUCCAGCGCUUCAGCCUCUGUGCAGACCUGGCCAUGUCCACCCAUGGGAGUCUCUGCCAGCCAGGACUGUCUUACUAGUAUUGCUAUGGUAACCUGGCAGCUUAGUAAUGGGUCAGACUUCUACUCGGCCACCAUGCAGACUGACGCUGGCAUCUCAAAAAAGUGCAUGUCGGACACUGAACAGUGCAGCAUCCCUGGUCUGAUGUGCGGACACAACUUCUCUGUGUCUGUCACAGCUUCCAACCAGCAGUGUAACAUCACCUCCAGCCCAGCCACAAGUCUGCAAACAGUACCUUGCGUUCCCACUAAUGUCUCAGUGGUGAUGGACUGUGCCAACAACACUGCUGUUGUGUCCUGGUCUCCCAGUCAAGGUGCUGUAGAGUACUCAGUCAUGGCCCACAGUGCUCAUUGUAAUGACAGCUGUCAGACCUCUGGCCUUAGCUGUAGCCUCAGCAACCUCACAUGUGGCAGCCGCUACACCGUUCAGGUUGUAGCCAUGGAUGACAGCUGCUCUAGUGUCCCCAGUCAGGCUCUGCUAUUCGGCUCAAGCCCCUGCCCGCCUCAGGAUGUGAACGCCCAGGUCAACUGUUCGUCAAACAAUCUGGCAAUUUCCUGGGACGCCAUCAGAGAGGCUGACUACUUUUUGGUUUCAUUAGUUGCUGAGAACGGUGAAAGCGAGUCAUGUAACACCACAAACACUGUAUGUACCUUCAGCAAUGACACAUGUGGAAAAACCUUCACUGUCCAGGUCACUGCUGUCAGAGGAGACUGCCGCAGCAUGCACAGUCAGACCCAGAGCAUCCAGUCAGGGAAUCAAUGGCAGCAUCAACUGUGUGACCAACUCUGCCUGGAUUUCGUGGCUUAA